UGUUCGCGGAAACAGGUGAACAUUUACAAUAAAGUAAUAAAAUGUUUAUAGACGUACAGUAGUAUGACAGCUCCAUGUUUGUGGUAAAGAAAAUAACAGGGUAAACUCAUUUAAUCAAAGAGUGCAUUUGGUUCAUAUUUAAUCGAAGACUAUACUGUAAGGCUAUAGUUAGAUGUUGCGUUUGCACAAUUGUAAUCUGCUAGACCAUUUAAAAGGCUGUCAGGAAUUAUAGUAAAGUGCCUUGUGUAGUAUUUUAAUCCAAUGAAAGCCCUGCUGGUCACAUUCCCUGGCAGUUUAUACAUUUCAUUCCUUUUGUGGACCCGAAAGCAUGUGACCAUAAUCUUAACUUCCCCACUUGUGAUUCAUGAAGUAUAAAGGUCUCUUUCUUGUUUGCUCAAGGAUGUAAUGUCUAGGGCAUGCCCAUUCAUAAAGAUGUCUUGAAACCCGGCUGAAUGUCUUCCUGUUUGUUCUCUUAAAUUUUCCCAGGACAUUCCUAUUGUCCGUUUCUUUUAUUUGAGUCAUCAAAUCACAGGAGGAAGUUUCAUUUUUUUCUCUUGACUGUUUCUUUCGUGAGGCGAAAAGUACAGCUCGUUGGCCGAGUCCCUACGUUUUCUCGCUUUCGUUUUCCCUCGCUAGUUGUUUAAGUUUUUUAAAUUUUUUAAAGCUUUUUAGAAGAAAUGUGUAACGUAAUGCACGAGGCGGCGUAUUGCUCUUUAAAUUUGCAUCCGAUGUGGCAGGAGCCUCUCGCGGUUCCCGGUGGAGACAAACAAUCGCCCAUUGACAUAACGGUGCGCAAAAGCGUCUUUGACUCGCGGCUCAGACCCCUGAAAGCGCAAUACGACCCGAGGAGCUGCCAGCAGAUCUGGAACAACGGCUACUCCUUCCUUGUGGAGUAUGACGACACCAACGACAAAUCCACUUUAAAGGGAGGACCAUUGGAGGACCAGUUCAGACUGUGUCAGUUUCAUUUCCACUGGGGGGAGAACAAAGCCUGGGGCUCAGAGCACUCCAUAGAUCGACGCCUUUACCCUGCUGAGCUUCACAUUGUUCACUGGAAUUCUGACAAGUACAGUUUGUUUGAAGAGGCUGUUGUGGAAGAAAAUGGACUGGCUGUUAUUGGAGUCUUUUUGAAGGUUGGAAAGAGGCAUGAGGGUUUGCAGAAACUGGUGGGUGCCUUGCCUGCCGUCAGACACAAGGACAGCGUGGUAGAGUUCACCAAGUUCGACCCCGCAUGUCUUCUCCCGAAGAACAUCGAUGACUAUUGGACCUACGCGGGAUCUCUGACCACCCCUCCCCUCACGGAGGCCGUGACGUGGAUCAUAAUGAAACAGCAUAUUGAAGUCAGUCAUGAUCAGUUGGCAGUGUUUCGCAGCUUGCUCUUUACAUCUGCAGAGGAGCAGGUGCAGAAGAGUAUGGUCAACAACUUCCGCGUCCAGCAGGACUUGAAAGGACGGGCCGUCCGUUCCUCUUUCACCCCCUUCCUACAGGACGCUCCAUCGAUGGAGUAACAACACAAAUUCACAACCUAACGUCUAAAAGAAGCACAAACUCAGUUGUUACUUUUACCGGAGACUCUGUUAUCAAUCAAGGUCUUAAACUGGAUUUUCUCAUUUACACACUCAUCUAACAGGUUGAAAGGGAUUAGAAAAGGUAUAGUGUUCUCAAAUGAGUGCAGUAUCGGAAGGGUGUUUGUUGCUGUAUUUGUACAAGUACUGAAUCUAGGAUUUUAUUUUCAAAACGUAACACAGCAUUGCCUCGGUCAAAAUAUUGGCGAGUUUUUUUUUUCACUUUUGAGGAUAAAACGCCCCCUCUUGUGGAUAACUGACAGAUUACAACACAUGCUUUCUAGUUAGUCUAGUUAGUUUUAAUUCAGCACUUUUAGUUUAAUUGCAAACUUGUUUACUGUCUGAGGGAAUUUCUUUUAAGCAUGAAACUGCACAAUGCCUUUGACUUUUAAGAUGUUAUAAUCGUUUUAACGAAGUAUUUUCAAUAUUUUCAAUUUUCAAUAGUGCAGUAUGUUUAAGACUAGAAGUAUAAUCUUUAUAAAAGGUGCACUGGUAAUAUGAGAUGUAGAGUGAUGUAGAUUAAUACGCACAAUUCUUUAAAUUAUUAGCAUUAUUGUACUUUCAAUAUUAUCAGAGCAGGUUAUUAUCAUCCAUAGUGCCUUUAAAGUUGUACGAUGAUUUAUUCUCCAUUAAUUUCAUGUAAUCAACAAAUCAAGCGCACAAUGUCUUUGGCCACAUUUGCAUCUGGGUGAAAUAUGUGCAUGCAGUACAAUAUUUUUUUACCAUUUGUUGGUCUCAUCUCAUCGAUUAAGCUCACGUUUAUUGUUGUUACGCUGUUUCUGGGACUUUAAGUGCAUUUGUAGCGGAGAUGAGGUUUGUAUAUAAGAAUGUCUUGUAGAAUUUAUUCCGGGUCACUUGGAUGUGUUUUCCACUGUAUUUCAUUAUACAAUUUUAAAAGAGGGACCUUAUUUCUCCACUAGAGGCGCAUGGGAGACCACUCAAUAUCGAAUUGGGAAGCACAGCAAGACCAAUUGGUAUUUGAAUCUCAUUCGUGGCAUUCCAUUUGCAAUUUCUAAAAAAUCCUGUAAAUGCAAUAAGGCAAAAAAUAUUAAAAUAGGGUACUGAGACAUGUUAUUACUUGUAUGCAUGCAAGUUGUGAGAAUUCUAUUGAGGAGAGAUGGAGUUUUCUUGCUUGGUAUUGAAAAGAUGCUUCAAAGUUAAAUUGCUACGGAGAUGUGCAGUUUUUUUUCAUUGCCAACUGACGCUGGUCUUUUGUUAUGGCUGAAUAACAACGUUCUUGUAUAAACUCUCCCUAAAAUGGCCUCCCAUUUGAAUGGGCCACCUGGUUCUCUCUCCACCGGGUCGAUGGCUGAAAUUCAGAGUGAUGCUGAGUAGAUUGGAAAGCUGUAUUUGCACUGUACAAACACUGGGAUAUGGACGGUUGGGAGCUCUUCCCUCCACCUGCACGAGUUUUCAGCUACUCUGUGCCCUUAGUCUAAAAAGUAGGGAACAUUCUUUCGCAUCAGGAGGGAGGCGCAGUGUUUUCCUAUUGAAGCAGGAGUGAAUAGCUUGUGAAGGAUCUUUUGUUUGGGUUUAAAUUAUGCAUUGCAGUUCUUAAUAUUUAAAUGAACAUCAAAUUGAUAUUCUUGAUAGGAUUGCACGGCUGAAAUCUUUCUGGUAUGAUUUGGCUUCGAUCUAGUUACCUUGAGGUCUUCAUUCAAUUAAAAAAUAACACUAAAACUUCACUGCCACUUUGCUUACAACUCAUUUGUAAAAUGGUCACUUAUAUACUUGUGGUAACUUUUAUAAAUGUUAUGAUCUAAAAGUAUGCAAAACUUAACAUGAUUGGAUUCCACCGUGUGCGAAAGGUAUUGUUGUAUUUACUAUGUAAUCGAACCUUCACGUUUCCGUUUUAUAUGGGUCACUAUUUGUUUUACUUUUGGGCGGAUACAAGAUUCUGCCCUGGGGAUUCAGACAGGGUAAGAGGGUGGUGCCGGAGGUUUAUGGAGGCCCCAUCCCUGCAUUCACAGCAUGCACCAAAAUGCUUGUUAGGUCCGGCUCAGCUGCAUUAAAAGGCACAUGUUUUGGUGGACUCUGCAUAGGAGGUGCCUGAAUGUCAACAACUGCUUAGUAACCUCCCAUUCAUACUGUCUGAAAUGUUUGUGUAUUAUCAUUUUAUGUGUAAAAAAUAAUAAAUACAUUUUUUCUUUA